GUCAGCAGCACGCGCUCCGGAGGAGACACUCUGAGAGGAGCUACAGAGAGAGAGGCGCGCUCUGCCUCGCGCUCCCGUCCAGACAGACAGACCGAGAGAAAGACACAGCGCGCGCGGAUUACACGAGUUUGGAUUCUCUUACCUUCAGCAACUGGACGGUUUUUGACGUCCGCUUGUGCCGCUUUCUUUCCUUUCUAUCUUUUUGUUUCCCCUAAACAAACCAAACUAUUUUAAAGACUCUUGUUUCAGUUUUAUCUCUCCUUAAGAACAUUCCUCAUCCCUCGGGACGGCUUUGGACGUUCAUAUUUUAGUUUUAUUUAUUGUUUUUAGCUUCUACUUUUAAAGGACAGACUGCGCGCGGACGGGUUUUGAGGUCCAUUAAUGUCUUUUUCUUUAUUUUUUUCCUUUUCUUACUUUUUAACGGAGAGUUUGUCAAUCGCUUAAUUGGACGGGACAGUCUUUGACAUUAUUAUUUUUUAUUUUUACUUUUUAUUUAUUAGUUUGUGUUUUUUUCUCUCUAAAGGACUUGUUCCCCUGCUGCUGUUGCAACUCUUUUAUGCGGUUUGUUUACUAAUUUAAUUAAUUUAUUUGCUUUUGUUAGUUUUCCUUUCAAGUUUUUUCAGUCUGAAGGACGCUGAAGACACAUCAAGAGAACGGGUUUUGACGUCCGUUUUUUUUUUCUUCUAAAUGACACUUUUAAUCAAUUAAUUUCCUGGACCUUUUUACGUCGGUUUUUAUUGCUUUUAUUAAUUCUAAAGCACAUCUUUCAGACAGCUUUCAUCGGUAGGACGGGUUUUGACGUCCGUUUUUUAAGGACAUUUUUUUAACCAACUGUUUCUUGAGAGGGUGUGUUUGUGUCUGUGUGGGCGCGCGCUCGCGCUCGCUGGGGGGGGGGCUCUUCGCCUGAGAGCGAAACUUUUGAACCCCCCUUUCCUCUCUGAGUUAUGGAUGUUGACGCAUUCCUGUCGGACACGAGGGGAAGCAGAUCCAGGCUGUUAGAAGACCACCACAACCACCACGACCACCACAGCAACACCACCAGCACCACCUUCACCAACAUCUACAGCAGCACCAGCCUUCUCGUGCGCGUCCACGCGGGGCUUUGCCCCCUGCCCCCUCGCCCUCUCCCGGCGCGCGCUCCAGCAUGUUUCUUUCUGUGAGGCUCUUCGCAGUCCUCCGCGCGCCAGUACCAUGUGCAAACGGACAGUGACGAAGGGCGCAUCCGCAGCCUGGUUCCGUCUGCCCCGUGCGUGCACGCUGCUGCUACCGCUGCUGCUCGCGUUCCUCUGCUCCUCGGUGCCCGCGGCGUGCCAUGGCGCGCGCGGCGGCAGUAGUAGUAGUAGUAGUAGUAGACCCGUGCGCUCUCCUCCUCCUCGUUCUCCUCCCAGGGUGGCCACCAACUCCUCCAGGUCCUCGGCAUCGUCCCCGGCGUCUGCGGCAUCUGCGUCCGCGGCGGCGGUCGUGGUGGGCCGGCACGUGCGCAGCUACAGCCACCUCACGGGUGACGUGCGCAAACGCAAACUCUUCUCCUUCCAGAAGUUUUUUCUCAGGAUUGAUAAAAACGGCACCGUCAACGGCACCAAGAGCAAGGACGAUCCGUUCAGUAUACUCGAAAUCAAGUCUGUGGAUGUUGGCAUUGUGGCUAUCAAAGGGCUUGACAGCAACUACUACCUUGCAAUCAACAAGAAAGGGGUGGUUUAUGGAGCGAGGGAGUUCGGCACUGACUGCAAGUUCGUGGAGAGGAUCGAGGAGAACAGGUACAACACCUACGCCUCGGCCGAGUGGAGGAACAAGAAGAAGCCCAUGUUCGUGGGCCUGAGCGCCAACGGCAAGCCGAUGAGGGCCAAGAAGACGCGAAGAAAAAACACUGCCACACACUUCCUGCCCAUGCCCAUUCAAUAACCACAGUCCUGGACAUGCCCCGCCCCCUACCACACCCCUAUGCCCCGCCCCAAACCUGGGAACAGCUUACUGCACUGAGGAAAGACUUGGAAUUUUCUACGAUACUAAAAAAAAAAAAGACUUUUUUUAAAGGAAGGCACUAUGUAAAGGAACUUAAAGGAACUUAAAGGAACUCGUCUGUCUGAACUGGGAUGAGUCUGCUUGAUGUUGAUAUAUUUGUUUUUAAGUUAUUGGCUCCAGAGAAAUUAUACGAUUAUAUAUGUUUUUCGACGCCAAAUCCCUUUCCAGUGGACGAAAUGUUGGACCAAAUGGACAGAGGAGGAACGGACGGCCACCCCCUCCUCCCUGAACGAACUCAAGAGAUGCAUUUCACAGAGUGUAUUACUUAUUUGUGCUUAUUUGUGUGUGUGCGUUUGCGUGCGAGAGUGUGAGUAAGUGUGUGUGUAAGUGUGUGAGAGACCUCUGAAUGCAGUUAUUUAUGCUGUACUAACUCAUGCGAGACUCUUUAAUGGACGGUUUGUGCGCUCUGUGACUGCCGGUAACGCGAAAACUUAACGGAAGCACUUGCGCUGGAGGCGCGAGAGCGAGCCACGGCCACGGCAGAGGAACAGCAUUCUACACCGAGAAUCUAGCCAAGGUAGCACCAUAGCAUAAACCCUAAAUCUAACAAAUCCUUAUUUACAUGCAAAGCCACUGUAUUUGAUAGCUCCAUUCUUUACCUGACUGCUUUUGAAUAAAUUAUUUAUUUUAUGUAAUAUUUAAAGGAAUACAAAGGCAAAAAAACAUGGAAUGGACGUUUUUUUUUUUUUUAUCAGUUAUGCUCCUCUUUUUAAAGCUAUUCUAUCGGUUAAACAUGAAUAAAUAAAUAUAUUUCCCUUUACUGCAGAA